AUGGCUGAAAACGGAGCUCAAUCCUUCAACCAAGCCAAGCUCUUAGCCCAGAUGGCCGAACUUCAAGCAGAAGUCCGCCGGCUCUCCGAACUCUCCACACAGAAUAACGCAGAAAAACAUGAGGAGGGCAACUCUAAAAACUCGGCCUUGGGAAACUCGGACCCCUUGAGUGUAACCCCGCCGAAGGAAAAGCUGACGCUGGACAACCCCUUUUCCGAAGAAAUUACAAACUUCCAGAUACCUAAAAAUUUCGUUUUACCUAACUCUCUAGAACCUUAUAAGGGGAUUGGUGACCCCCGAUCUCACGUUAAAAAGUUUCAAUCUAUGAUGUUCUUUAACGGCGCUAAUAAUGAACCUAUAUUAUGUCGUUCUUUUCCCACUUAUCUUGACGGCGCUGCUUUACUAUGGUUCUCAAAAUUGUCUGCAGGAUCGAUCUCAUCCUUUGAAGAUUUAGCAAGAUCCUUUAUUGACUACUUUGCCGCCUCAAGGAUAUACGUCCACGGAUCAGAUUACCUCGGGACAAUAAAGCAAGGACAACACGAGAGUCUCAAAGAUUACCUAACCCGAUUUGCGGAAGCCACCAUGGAGAUCCCAGAUUUGGACCCUAACGUCCACUUACACGCUCUCAAGACCGGACUCAGACCAGGAAAAUUCAGAGAAACAAUAGCAAUCACCAAACCCAAAAUGUUGGAGGAGUUCCGAGAAAGAGCUGCAUGUCAAAUGGAGAUCGAAGAAUUGCGAGAGGCACAAAAGUCGGACAAAUAG